CACAGUUCAAGCGUCAAGGAUGCUGAAGAGGCACAGCUUAAGGAAAUGAAGUGGGAAUUCUGGCAAAUAAUCUAUAAGAAAGAGAAGAAGCUGAAGGAGGUAAAAAAGGCUGUGAAAACUCUGAAGAGCUCUGCACAGGCAGCAGUGGAGGACAGUGAGAGGAUCUUUACUGAGCUGAUCCGCUCCAUUGAGAAAAAGCGCUCUGAGGUAACAGAGCUGAUCAGAGCUCAGGAGGAGGCUGAACUGAGUGGAGCUGAAGAACUCCUGGAGCAACUGGAGCAGGAGAUUGCUGAUCUAAAGAGGAGAGACACUGAGCUGGAGCAGCUUUCACACACAGAGGAUCAUGUCCAGUUCCUCCAGAGCUUCCAGUCUCUCUGUGUCUCUUCUGGAUCUGAGGACUCACCCAGCCUCACUGUCCAUCAACAUCUCUCAUUUGAUGGAGUGAGGAAAUCUCUUUCUGAUUUGAAAGAGAGACUAGAGGAAUUCUGCAAGCAGGAAUUCAGGAAAAUCUCUCUGUACAGUGAAAGGAGCUCUGCUGAUGAAGACCAUGAGGAUGAAUUUUUACCUGCCCAGAGUGUUUACAGGUGCAAAAAGAGAAUAGAUUUCUGUCGUCUGACUCUGGAUCCCAACACAAUAAAUCAGUACCUCAGUCUGGCUGAGAAGAACAGAGUGGUGAUGCACAGUGGGAGAUUCCAGCAUUACUCUGACCAUCCAGAGAGAUUUGACUACUGGUAUCAGGUGUUGAGUAAGGAGAGUGUGAGUGGACGCUGUUACUGGGAGGUUGAGUGGAGCAGUGAAGGAUGGCUGUACAUCUCAGUCUCAUAUAAAGGGGUCAGCAGGAAAGGACAGAGUAAUGAAAGCUGGUUUGGACACAACGGUCAGUCCUGGAGUUUGCAGUGUUCUCCCUCUCUCUCUUUCUAUCACAACAACAUUCAGACUGAGAUCUCAGCCUCAUCCUCCUCCAGAAUAGGAGUGUAUGUGGAUCACAGUGCAGGAACUCUGUCCUUCUACAGCGUCUCUGACACAAUGACCCUCCUACACACAGUCCACACCACAUUCACUCAGCCGCUCUAUGCUGGAUUCUGGGUGUGUCCUGGAACUGUGAGGUUGUGUGAUCCACAAUGA